CAACCUCGGUUAAAACUCCCCCGGGGCCCUUUCUCCCUUCCCCAACGCUCUUCCCAUUGCCAUCACUGCCACGGUGCCGCUCCGCUCCAAGAAGCGCAGUUCACUGCCCACACUCGCUCAUCCCCCCAAGCUCUGCAGCAGCAGAGCGCAGGCAAGAAGGCACGCAAAGAGAGUGCGAUUUCUUGCACUGGAGCGGCGUAUGGCCCCAAGGAAGGCCAUUGCGCCGCCCCUUCUCGUCGCCGGCGGCGGUCGCCUGCUGCUCGCCGCCUUCGUGGCGCUCUCCCUCGCCGCAUCCGCGGCCAAUGCCGCCGUCUCCUACGACCACCGCUCCCUCGUCAUCAACGGCCGCCGCCGCAUCCUCAUCUCCGGCUCCAUCCACUACCCAAGAAGCACACCCGAGAUGUGGCCGGGGCUCAUCCAGAAGGCCAAGGACGGCGGCCUCGACGUCAUCCAGACCUAUGUCUUCUGGAACGGACACGAGCCGGUCAAGGGCCAGUACUACUUCAGCGACCGCUACGACCUGGUCCGGUUCGUCAAGCUGGCCAAGCAGGCCGGCCUCUACGUCCACCUCCGCAUCGGCCCCUAUGUCUGCGCCGAGUGGAACUUUGGUGGAUUUCCUGUUUGGCUCAAGUAUGUGCCUGGCAUCAGCUUCAGGACUGACAAUGGCCCGUUCAAGGCUGAGAUGCAGAGGUUUGUCGAGAAGAUCGUAUCGAUGAUGAAAUCCGAGAAGCUGUUCGAAUGGCAGGGUGGUCCGAUCAUCAUGGCUCAGGUGGAGAACGAGUUCGGGCCGAUGGAGUCUGUCGGGGGCAGCGGUGCCAAGCCGUACGCGAAUUGGGCUGCCAAGAUGGCUGUCGCGACCAACACCGGUGUGCCGUGGGUGAUGUGCAAACAGGACGACGCGCCGGACCCCGUGAUUAACACUUGCAAUGGCUUCUACUGCGAUUACUUCACCCCAAAUAAUAAAAACAAGCCGACCAUGUGGACAGAGGCCUGGACCGGGUGGUUUACGUCAUUCGGAGGGGCAGUGCCUCACCGGCCAGUUGAGGAUAUGGCCUUCGCCGUGGCAAGGUUCAUACAGAAAGGAGGCUCCUUCGUGAACUAUUACAUGUACCAUGGAGGAACCAACUUUGGACGCACGGCAGGCGGUCCCUUCAUCGCAACCAGCUAUGAUUAUGAUGCCCCCAUUGACGAAUUUGGUUUGCUUAGGCAGCCAAAAUGGGGUCACUUGAGGGACCUGCACAAGGCCAUCAAGCAGGCUGAGCCUGUGCUGGUUUCUGGCGAUCCAACGAUCCAGAAGCUGGGGAACUACGAGAAGGCCUAUGUCUACAAGUCAAAGAAUGGAGCUUGUGCUGCAUUCCUUUCAAACUACCACAUGAAUUCUGCCGUGAAAGUCAGGUUCAAUGGCAGGCACUAUGACCUCCCUGCUUGGUCCAUCAGCAUCCUCCCGGAUUGCAAAACUGCGGUUUUCAACACUGCCACGGUGAAAGGACCAACACUGCUGCCAAAGAUGCAUCCGGUGGUACGGUUCGCUUGGCAGUCUUACAACGAGGACACAAACUCACUGGAUGACAGCGCGUUCACCAAGGAUGGCCUGGUUGAGCAGCUGAGCAUGACAUGGGACAAGUCGGACUACCUGUGGUACACCACACACGUUAACAUUGGUCCCAAUGAGCUCCCGAAGAAUGGCCAGUGGCCUCAGCUCACCAUCAUGUCAGCUGGCCACUCGAUGCAGAUUUUCGUCAAUGGACAAUCAUAUGGUACUAGUACCCUCCCAAGAGGUACAUUGCAGUGCCGGUCACAUCAAGAUCCAGAAAAUGUAACGACCUUCCAUGAUCGUGUUUAUGUUGCAGGUUCUGUUUACGGCGGUUACGAGAACCCGAAGCUGACAUAUGAUGGACAUGUGAAGAUAUGGCAAGGGAGCAACAAGAUCUCGAUCCUGAGUUCAGCAGUUGGGCUUCCUAAUGUCGGAAACCAUUUCGAGAGGUGGAACGUCGGCGUGCUCGGACCGGUGACCCUCUCGGGGCUAAACGGGGGAAAGAGAGACCUGAGCCAUCAGAAAUGGACAUAUCAGGUUGGCCUGAAAGGAGAAUCGCUGGGGCUCCACACCGAGGCCGGAAGCUCUGCCGUCGAGUGGGGCGGUCCUGGUAACAAGCAGCCACUGACUUGGCACAAGGCAUUGUUCAACGCGCCGGCGGGGAGCGACCCGGUGGCGCUGGACAUGGGGAGCAUGGGCAAAGGGCAGAUUUGGGUGAACGGCCACAACGUCGGCCGGUACUGGUCCUACAAGGCCCCCUCCGGCGGCUGCGGCGGGUGCAGCUACGCCGGGACGUACCGCGAGGGCAAGUGCCGCUCCAGCUGCGGCGAGCCGUCCCAGAGAUGGUACCACGUGCCGCGGUCGUGGCUGAAGCCUGGCGGCAACCUGCUGGUGGUGCUGGAGGAGUACGGCGGCGACCUCGCCGGCGUCGCCCUGGCCACGAGAACUACAUGAUCGAGCGACUAUACAAUUCAGAAAAGAUAUCAUGCUGAUUGAUUCAUUUCAUACAACUACAAUGCUGCCGUGAACAUGUGACCAUUGUUCACGCGGUGCUCGCCGACGGUAUUUUACACACAAUACGCUGUACACGCACAGACUGUGCUACAGAUGUGGUAGUAGAGGUAGAGAGGGGAUCCAGCCAGGGAUGGUACUUAUUAUUGCAGAGGGCAGCGGAGGUCGUUGGUUGGUUGUGGCCAUCAGUGCGGCUGCAAGAAGACGGCAGGCACAUGUGCAGUGUGCUUGCAAUCAAUCAGGCAGCAAGCCAGCCAGUUCUUUUGUUUGUUCACGUGACCAGGAAAUACUUACUAUAGCUACUGCUCCACCAUAGUAGAUCAGGUAUUUAAUUGUUUGUCACUGCUCGUGACAGCUUUCCUGUACUGCUGCAUUUGCAACAUUUGGGUUGCAGAUGUGGUCAGAUCACUAGAUCCAUGUAUUUUGAUUCUUUAAGGGAAUAAUAUCUCUCGUUAGUUCCUGCUCCA